GAAAAUAUUCUUGAAAUUUCUAGUUUUAAAUCUAAAAGGUUUUGUUAUUUCUCCAUAUAAACCAAAAAUAUUAAAAAUAAACAUCAGUUGUUCAUUAGUUAUUUUGAUCGUUUGUAUUAUUUCGCAUACGUUAUAAAAAAGCAAGCACACAAUGAAAUUCAAUGAAUUGAAAUAAUAGAUACUCUAAAAAGAGGAAAAAGAUGGUUUUGAAAUAUUUUCGUAGAGCUAUUGCCUUUUUAACAAAGAAAAAAAGCAAUCAUUCUAAAGUUGAAAUGUAUGAAGAUUCUCUUAUUCGUAGUAUUGAUCAUCUGGCCAAUUUCGUACAGUAUCAUUCGAAUAAUUCAACAAAAUCUGAAGUCCCAGAAAUUAUUGCUACUUCAGUAAUGGAGGGAGAACAUAAUCCAAUUAACCGGAAUUUGACAUUCUGUUUAAAAAAAUCAGAUAUUUUAGGAAAUAAUAGUAUUUUGAAUGAGCAAACAGUUCCAGUAAAACAGGAUCAGCAAAAAGAAAAUGAAAAGUUCGGCAACAACAAAACGAUGUUGGAAGAAACUCCUAAUAGUGUUUCGAUGCCUUCCGCGUUGAAGACUUCAACAUCAAACAUGUAUAAUGGUGACAGUAAAAUAUUAAAACGGAAUACUACCAAAUCAUAUAAAACAGCAGAAGAACGUAUUCCUAGUUUUUAUUUUAUCUCGAAACCAGUCUGUUCAGCUAAAAAAGUUAAAAACCAUUCAAAUAAUCCAAAUAAAUCCACAAAUAUGGUUAACAGAGAUAGUAAAAAAUUAAAUCAGAAAAUGGCCACUGUAUUUAAGAAGACAGAAGAACGCAUUCCUAGUUUUCUUUCUAUCCCAUCACCACCCUAUAACGAAAUAUUGAGAUGUUGAUUUUUCAAUAGGCUCAACUAGGCAUAAAAACGUUAAAAUCCACAAAAAAAAAUCCAAGAAACCUAUGCGAUGUCACACGUGUAGUAAUAAAACAUUGUAUAUUUUUGUUACCGAAAACUAAAAGCAAAUUGUUUGUACUAAAAAAUUGCACGUACGAAGAAGGCUCACAGCUUUCUUGACUUGAUAGAUAUUUUAUUUUAGUUAUAAUUUUGUUACCUAUAGGUGUAACAUUAAUUUUACGCUUUUUAAAAAAGUGUAGAUAUAAUCAUAAAAGUUGGCAAUAACAAAGUUUUUACUCUUUAUGUAGAAAAUAAAAAUAAGAUGAAUCAGUAAGAUGAAAAUACAUUAUUCUCAUUGUGAGUGUCAUAUGCAACUUAAAAAAGUCAUUUGUUUAUACACCGCAUUUAUAUAAUAAUAAUAAUUUGGAUAA